AUGAUCAAAAUUUACCUUAUAGUACAAAUUGCCUUGCACAUAAUAGUAUUUUGUGGCAAGAAAAAAUUAAAGAAUGAAAAAAUAUGCGCAAAACAGAUUUGUGCAUCACUCAAAAGACUCAAAUUAAAAAGAAACAAAAAAGCAUAUAUCCAGAUUCACAAUACAUUAAAUGGUAAUAAAAACACCACGCACACAUUACACAUGAAAAAUAAAAUUUGUAUUUUUGAUUUAAGCGAAAAGCUUAUAGACUAUAAACUGGCAUUUGAUCUACAAAACGUUUUACACCAAUCCAAAAUUAUUCUACAUAAAGAAAAUAGCCUAAAUAGUUCAAAUCGUUUAAGUAAUUCAAAUAGCUUAAAUACUUUAAAUAUUACAAACAAAUCAAAAUUAGGUAAACUCAAAAACUUAAAAAAAAAUAUAGAAAAAUAUGAUUUCUGUUUUGUACUACAACAUACACCCUGUUAUACGUUAGGGAGUUCUGCUGAUUCUAAUGAUAUCCAUUUAGACGAAAAAAAUUAUUAUAUUGAAGAAAUAGAAGAAGUAUGUAAUAACUCUGAAUCGAAUAAAAUUCUUCAAUUCAUUAAUAAAUAUGAAAAUGUUAAAGACGAAAUAGAAAAAUGUGAAAUUUACGAUGAAAAAAAAAAUUAUUUUGACAGCUUUUUAUAUAAUAUAAAUAAUAAAAUAAAAAUUCCAGUAUAUCGUAUCAAUAGAGGGGGUAAAGCAACAUAUCAUGGUCCUGGACAAUUAGUCUUAUAUUUCAUUUUCAAUUUAAAAAAUUAUUCUUCAAAUUAUAAUGAAAAACGUGUACAAAAUUUAUCCCGCAAUCAUUAUAAUUUUCCCAAAGAUGGAAGUACAAGGAAAAAAGAUAGUGAAUGUUUAUCGUAUGAUGAAAAAAAUACAAACAACCCUACAAAUAUAGAAUGUUUAUUUGACCUACACAAAACAAUAAAUAAUUUCCAAAAAAUGGGAAUGGAAAUCAUGAAAAAACUUAACGUAAAAACUCACACGAAAAAUGAUUCAAUUGGAGUUUUUUAUAAUGAUAAAAAACUUAUAUCUAUUGGUUUGAAAAUAAGAAAAUACGUAUCAAUGCAUGGGAUGUCUGUAAAUUUCAACAUUAACAAAAACUUUUUAAAAUAUUUAUUAUCUUGUGGUAUGAAUCACAAUGAUUACACUUCAUUGCACGAACUAGACGAAAUGAAAAAUAAAGAGAGCACGAGGGAAAAUGGAAUAGCUCACCACAACUCUUUGUUGAGGGAGUUAACAGUUCAUUCAAUACAAUCGUUAAAAACCAUUUUUAAUGCAAACAUAAAAAUUACAAGUGACAUAAGAGAUAUUUUUGCUUAA